AUGUCGUAAUUUUGAGCAUGUGCUGCUUUACAAACGACGCCCCAUAUGCCUAUUUCAGAAUCACAAGGGGUGCAAAUACUUCUGCUCCUCACUGUAUAUAAUGAAGGUGAUUAUUGUAGGUAUUGAAAAGUUUCUACUAUUUUAGACUUUUUUUUUUAAAAAGUAAAUAUAUAUAUAUAUAUAUAUCAUUUAGAAGAAGCAUGAAAAUGUUUUCAGCAAAAGUCAAUUUUAAGCACUUUAAUCCUCAUGGAGGAAUAAUGACGCUUAUUGGGCGGAUCAGCUACUGUUUCAAUUCUUCAUAUUAGUUCAGCAGGAGACCACUAGAGGAGGCACUCUGUUCGGAAGCAGUAACCUCUGGUGCUGUAUUGCCAACAAGUGAUGUCAAUCACACUUGCAGCUUUCUUCUCCAUUGAUGGUUUUCAGGUGUGUGUUUGUUUUUGAACUCUGAGAACAAAAAGAAAAGUCAGCGUUUUUUUUUUUUUUUUCCGUUUUUUUUUUUGUAUUAGCUGGUAGAUUUUCACAGGAAAUUGGGAGAUUUUUUUAAAGGCAUGUAAUGUAUAACAUGUUGGUAUUUGCACUUAAAGUAAUUUAUAGCUUAUAAAUAAAUGGCAUUUAAAAGAAAGGCACACAUGCACCAUCACCAGCAUUAUUUAAAUACUGCAGAAUUUACUUGACAGGGUUUUGCAGUCAUGUUUUUUUUUUAAUCACCAAAAACUUAAAACGAUUGUUAAUGUCGAUUGAUCACUCUUUCUUACCACUCAGUGCCAAAUAUGUGAGCUCAGCAUAUUCUUGGUUAUUAGUUUGAAUAUUUUUUUCUGAAAUUUUUGUUUUGUCGUCUCGUGUGUGAAUAACUGGAUUGUGGAAAGUUGUAACUAUAUCUGAAUAAAUGUCGGUCUUUAUAUAAAAUUCGUACAUUGUCUUUGUGUUUUUUCCCCCCCAAUUAAACAAUUUUUGUGGUCAAUUGACAGUUGAGUAUUCACAAUUUUUUAAAUCUUUUUUUAAUUGCUCACACAUAUUACUUUCCUAAUUCACAAUCAACUUUUGGGGGAAUGCCAAUAAACCUGGUGCUUUCUGAAGAGGUGUAAUUUGAGUCGGGCUGGUUUCACUCAGCACAGACCUCCUGCUAUUCUGCAUCAACAAAGUCACAAUUGUUCCCUCAAGUAGAAAUAAGGCAUCUAACAAGAGGACGUGUCUUCACAUCUGCUGGGUUGAUGACCACUAGUAUAAUUUCAUUGAUUCACUGAUCACUUGGUCAGACGGUACUUGAGCAUGGAGUUUGGAGUCUGCCCUCCCCUCUGAUAAAACAUAAUCGGAGAAGCUUGGACUUUCUUUGCCUCUUUUUGGCCCUCGGUGCCACUUGACACACUCGGACACGUUUGUGUGUCACUUUGAUUCAUUUGGCUGCAGAGAGAACACACGAUGUUAACUCUUGCUGUGUUCUUGCUUUGUGCAGCCUCCUGUGUGGUAACGCCAGUCAGUGGUGGUGCAGCGGGACCCCAGCUGAAUAACAACCAGCUGUAUAAAUUCAGCUACACCACCGAGUUGCUGGUGGACAAAGCCCAGAGGUCAAAAGAGGGCAGCGUCGGUUACAAGAUCUCCAGUAAUGUGGAUGUCAAUCUGGUGUGGAGAGAUCCCGGCAACAAGGAUGAGCAGUUAAUCCAGCUGAAGAUCUCCAAUGUGAGAGCUGACCCAGUAUCUCAUCGAUCCAUGAAUAAGAAUGUCCUCCAUGGAACCACAAUUGAAGAUUUACUGGGUAAAACAAGACUGGAAGCCCUGACAAAGCCUUUCUUUCUGCACCUGAGAAAUGGAAAGGUUAAAGCAUUUUACUCCUACUGGGCGGAACCUGUCAUCAUCAAGAACCUUAAACGGGGCGUGUCCAGUUUACUGCAACUGCAACUCAAUACGGGAAAAGUUAUCGAGAAUGAUGUGUCCGGAAGGUGCACGGUUGCAUACAAGGCAGAAAACAACAAAGUGACGAGGACAAAGUUCCUGGAGUCAUGUAAGACCGAAGAAACUGGAUUCACCACACACAGCCAGGUUUUGGGUGUGACCCGGAAGUCUAGCUCCAUCACUGUGUUCACAAUCGAAGAUGGUUUCAUCCGCUCAGCCGUGUCCCGAGAAAAACACUUACUGAUUGUCAACGCCCACCGGUCUUCAUCUGCAAAUGUUGUAUCCAGGCAGAGAUUCACACUGAUAGGCACGGAAGCCGGACCUCUGGAGAGUGCUGGAAAAGAUGCGGCCAUGGUUGUCAAGUCUAUCGAUGCCAAGCUAGCAGCUGUUGGUAUCAGAGCAGAGAAGAUGAAAACUCGGUGCAAGACUUGUCCGUCACUCUUCGAACACUGGCAGGCUGUAGAGACUAAACUGGAGCCGGGUAGCUUGUCUAAGGCAUCAGCCCCUCGCAGCUUCCUGGAGCUUAUCCAGAGCAUCAGGAAGGCGACCAAAGGCGAUAUUCUCAAAGUGCUAAAGAGUGCCAGCAAAACAUCUCUUCCUCAGGUGGUGGAUGCUGUCACUUCCUCCCAAACUACAGCAUCUCUGGAUGCCAUGCUUGAAUUCCUCAACUUCACCGAUGCCAAAGGUAUGGUUCUGCAGGAGAGGUUUCUUUAUGCCUGUGGAUUUGCUUCACAUCCUAAUGAGAGGAUGCUUCAGACACUGCUGGACAUUUCGAAAGGAAGGAUUGGUAGCCCUGACAUCAAGGAGUCUGUGGUGAUUAUUAUGGGAGCCCUUGUCCAAAAACUCUGCCAGAAAGGAGGAUGUGACUUAUCGACAGUCGUUGAGGUUAAGAAGAUGAUUCUGGAGGGGCCAGACAGUACACAAGAAGAGUCCGAGGUCCAGAUGUUCCUUCUGGCUCUAAAAAACUCUCUGCUCCCUGAGGCCAUUCCCAUCUUUACCAAAUACACAGAGUCUGAAGUGGGCGCAUACAGCACCAUCGCACUUACCAGCCUGCAGAGAUACGACGUCUCACUUAUCAGUGAUGAGGUUAAAAAGACGGUGAACAGAAUUUACCACCAGAAUCGAAGGAUUUAUGAGAAAAAUGUGCGAGCUGCCGCAGCAGAUGUCAUCCUCAGCAGCAACCCCUCUUACAUGGAAAUCAAAAAUCUCCUGUUGUCCAUCGGACACUUUCCACAUGAGAUGAACAAGUAUAUGCUGUCGAAGAUCCAGGACAUCCUCCGCUUCCACAUGCCUGCCAGCAAAGUUUUGAAACAAGUUAUGCGAGAGAUAAAUUCACACAACUAUGAUCGGUUUUCAAAAUUCGGGUCAUCAUCUGCAUACUCAGGAUUCAUGGCAAAAUCUGUUGACGUUACCUCCACAUACAGUUUGGACAUUUUGUACUCCGGCUCUGGAAUCCUGAGAAGAAGCAAUAUGAACAUUUACGCUGCUAGUAAAGGAGCCACACUACACGGAUUGCAGGUUGCGAUCGAGGCACAGGGUUUGGAGUCCCUCAUUGCCGCCACACCGGAUGAGGGCGAGGGAGACUUGGAGUCAUUUGCUGGGAUGUCGGCUCUGCUCUUUGAUGUCCAGCUGAGACCUGUCACCUUCUUCAAGGGUUACAGCGACCUCAUGUCCAAAAUGUUCUCCAUGACUGGAGAACCCAUGAAUGUGGUGAAGGGUCUCAUUCUGCUCACUGAUCAUUCCGAGGUCAUUCAGUUGCAGUCUGGUCUGAAGGCACGCGCAGAGUUCCAGGGAGGGCUGGCCAUUGACAUCUCUGGUGGCAUGGAGAUCAGUUUGUGGUACAGGGAGUCAAAAACCAGCGUAAAUAACAGGGGAGCAUUAGUGGUCUCCGGUAAUGUUACAGUAGACAUGGACUUCAUGAGUGCCGGUUUGGAGGUCAGCUUUGAAACUGAGGCAUCCCUUGACUUCAUCACGACUGUCCAGUUCUCUGAAUAUCCUUUCCUGGUGUGCAUGCAGAUGGAUAAAACCACCUUUCCUGUCAGUGAGUACACGAAGAAGCAUGAGAGCCUCUCAUCAGGGAAAAGCGUAGUUUCACAAAAGAGCAAGAAGUUCCUCAUUCCCGGCUCGGAAUUCCCACUCCACCAGGAAAACUCAAACAUGUGCAAGAAGGUUUUUGACUCCAGCGGGUAGAGGAGACACCACUAACUCUCAAGAGGAGUUAUUUUUCAUUUUUGGGGCAGUUUAUAUUUCCCCUCUAUGAGGUUUUGGUGCAUUUCAGCAAGUAUACAUCAUACCUCGGUAUCACACAGUGAAACACCCUGAGACAAAUGUGAUGAAUGUUUACAUUCCUGUGAGUAUUUAAAUAAUCUGAUGUUUUGUUUGCAAUUGGGACUUCUUGUGUUGUCUUGUUAUGGCUUUAUUUGAAAAUAUAUUUAUGUUGGGCACAUAACAUUACAGUAUAAAAAUGGGUUGGAUAUGUAAUGUACUGUAACCCUGUAUUAGUAUUACAUUAUUCACUUGUUGUUUUACACUGUACUUACAAGAUCUGGGCUGGGGUGAAAAAUCUACAAUUAAACCAUCUACAUUUGAAAAAAAAAUCCCAUUAGAUCACUGCUCUGUAAAUGUUGCGCUAAUAUGACAUUAUUGUCUUGUUUUGCAAACACCUUGUUUUAAUAGAAUUUGAUGGAAAUAAACUUACACUGAUGACUCCAUGUCUAAUGAAAUACUGUAUAC